GUGUCCUGCCAGGCCUUUAGAAGACUACGAUUCCCAGAAUGCACCGCUCCUGAGCAUGGCUAUUGGGGCCUUUUGGACAGAGGGAUGAUGUCAUUGCAAAAACCCCACUGCAUUCAUUGUGCUACGGUCUAUCCACCCCCCUGCUGCUGCUGGGCUUGCGAUUGCCGCUUGCUCCAGCUGAGCUAAGAGUAGCAGCAGCACCAGGGCAGGGACUCACUCCAGCCCUUGGACUUAGGACAUCGCAACACGUUCCCUUGCCUGCGUGACUCAUUCGCACAUCAUUUUUGUUUAUGCCUGGGGUGGGGAGAAAUAUCCCAAACCAGCUGUGUAAAUGAGUAUGGAAGAUUAUGAUUUCCUGUUUAAAAUUGUUUUAAUUGGCAAUGCUGGUGUGGGGAAGACGUGCCUAGUCCGACGAUUCACUCAGGGUCUUUUCCCUCCAGGGCAAGGAGCCACGAUUGGAGUUGAUUUUAUGAUUAAGACAGUGGAGAUUAAUGGUGAAAAAGUAAAGCUUCAGAUCUGGGACACAGCAGGUCAAGAGAGAUUUCGGUCCAUUACCCAGAGUUACUACCGAAGUGCCAAUGCCUUGAUCCUCACCUAUGACAUAACCUGUGAGGAAUCCUUCCGUUGCCUUCCUGAGUGGCUGCGGGAGAUAGAACAAUAUGCCAGCAACAAGGUCAUCACUGUGCUAGUGGGCAAUAAGAUUGAUCUGGCUGAAAGGAGAGAGGUCUCCCAGCAGAGAGCUGAAGAAUUCUCAGAAGCUCAGGACAUGUAUUACCUGGAGACCUCGGCCAAGGAAUCAGAUAACGUGGAGAAACUAUUCCUUGACUUAGCGUGCCGCCUCAUCAGUGAAGCCAGGCAGAACACGCUUGUAAACAAUGUAUCCUCGCCCUUACCUGGAGAAGGGAAAAGCAUCAGCUAUUUGACUUGUUGUAAUUUCAACUGAAGGCUGAUGCAAGGAGAAGCGAAAGGAAUCAGCAGCUGCCCUGAUGGGCCCUGAAUUGCUGGGCAGAUCUGGUGAUGACUGUGGCUCCCGCUCUUAGACCCUCUGACUCCUGUGGGAUCCAGGGCUUACACAGCAUGGCAGGCCAAAGGCUUUGUCCACAGGCCAGCAUUAGCAGAACAUACAAUGGUUUCACCCUUUCGCAGUCAGGAGUUGGAGCAAGGAGAAAAUUGCGCUAGACGCUCCAUGAUCUGCAGAGCAUGUUGCUUUUGUUCUUUUCAAAAAGCAAGUAAAAGCGCAUUCCUGAACACAGUCCAGGGGGAAAUGUACUGUAGGGACCCCUCCUGCACGUCAGUGGGUGCAUGUGGGGGCUGUUCUUUAGGGCUUCUGGGGGCCCUGGUUUUCUUGUCUACCAGAAAAACCAAAACUGGGAAGGCCAAGUACUGUCUUUGUGGUGCGUGUUGAUGACUCCACGGAGACUUUGAAAAGUGUUAUUUCUCUUGUCCACAGGCACUUUCAAGAACUUUGGGAUGUAAAAAUGAAAUGAAACCUUUACCCCAUGACCAACAGUAACAAUCAUUGGUUUAAUAAUAUAUACAAGCCCCAUGACUCCUUCUGGUGCUAAUGAUUCUGCUCUUUCACAGACCAAACAUUUUAGUACAUUGAUGUCCUUAAAUGUAUUAUAUUGAAAUAAAAAAAUAAUAAUAAUAAGGGAAGUCCAUGAAUCAGCACUCUUUCUCAAAGUCUCCUUACUACCUUUUCUAGGGUAGAUUUGUUGAAAAUAAAAUACUAUUCCUUUCAUGUUCUUUCCCCUCGAAAUCUCUACCAUUUUAUUCUUCUCUUCUCCCAUCUUUCCUGCCCUUUAAGUAAAUGAAAACACUAGAAAAAUGAAAAAAAAGUGGUUGAUGAUAUUCUAAUAAAAAAGACUAUCUCUAAGACAUUAUGAGUAGUAUGAGAAAACAGACCAGAUCUGACCAAAAUACUGUGGAUUAAUGGACUGCAAUGCAGAGUUCUGAGCAGAGCACAGUCCUUGAUAGCAGGUGACAUCUUUUACUUCCUGGUACUAUCCAUCUUGGACAGACCAAGGCUUAGAAUUUUGUACAUGUUUUUAGUAUGAUAAGUGACAAUAGCAACAGAUGAAAAGUCUCAUGAACCAUUUUUGUAUUGUCAAGAACCUUCGACAGAUUCUGCUUGUGGAAGCGGGUGGAGCUGUCAUUUGUCACCUCCUUCAUGUAGUGAUGUUACUCUCAGACUCACGACCAUACGUUCUAUCUUAUUUCCUUUCCUCUGCCUUUCUUUCCUGGUCUUCUCCUCCUUUCCUCUUUUCCUCUCUCCUUUCAUAUGCAUGUGUUACUGCAAAUCUCCAAUUCAAAUGGAGGUGUAUAUGCCUUUACUUAGCCAAUUUUAAAACAAGACUCAAAAUGGAAGAUGUGCUGCUGAAUAUGUGUUACUAAUUUCUUUAGUGCCAUACUUUGAUGCCUUCCAAUUUGUUCACCGAUAUAAAUGCAAAUUGGGGAAAUAAUUAAACCUGUAUGCUGUUGAUGCUGUCAGAUGUUUCUGUAGCUUGCUGCUUAGCAUCACUGAGGGCUGAGGAAUGGGAUAAAGAUAUGAUAUGCAAUUCUGCUGUUGUUGUCGAUGGUGGCAAUCUCGGUCCUGAUAUGUUGAUAUUUGAAAGCUAUUUAAUUUUAAAGAAAUGAGACAUGUGGAGACAUGAUGUUGAUAAAGCAUUUCCAGCAUUUCUCCAGCAGA